UCUCUCUUUCCGGUUCUUUCUUCGGUUGACCUCUCCUCAUCGUUUUCCUUCCACCCUCAGGUCUACCCCACGACCGACUCAAAAUCUCAGGAAUCCGGACAAAAACCUCGGAAUUUGCUUAUACGAGUGUCGGAUUAGGGCUUUAUCGCCGGUGAAGAAACAGAGGAGGCAAGAAAAUGAACGUUUUCAGGUUCGCCGGUGACAUGACCCACCUGGCGAGCGUUCUCGUUCUGCUCCUAAAGAUCCACACUAUCAAAUCCUGUGCUGGCAUCUCAUUGAAGACUCAAGAGCUAUACACUCUUGUCUUUAUCGCUCGUUACAUGGACAUGUUCACUCACUACAUAUCUUUAUACAAUACCGUCAUGAAGUUGAUUUUCUUGGGGAGUUCGUUUUCGAUAGUUUGGUACAUGAAGUACCAUAAGGUUGUGAGGAGGUCAUACGAUAAAGACCAAGACACGUUCCGACAUUACUUCCUUGUUUUGCCUUGCUUAAUCUUGGCUCUUCUUAUAAAUGAGAAGUUCACAUUCAGAGAGGUCAUGUGGACAUUUUCGUUGUACUUGGAGGCCGUUGCCAUACUUCCUCAGCUGGUGCUAUUACAACGGACUAGAAACAUCGACAACUUAACCGGGCAAUAUGUGUUUCUUCUCGGGGCUUACCGGGCAUUAUACAUACUCAACUGGAUCUAUCGCUACUUCACCGAGCCACACUUUGUCCACUGGAUACCUUGGAUCGCCGGGCUUGUUCAAACUUUGCUGUAUGCCGACUUUUUCUAUUAUUAUUUCCAAAGCUGGAAGAACAACAAGAAGCUCGAGUUGCCAGCUUAGCUAUCGCCACAAGCCAAGAAUCAGCAGAACACAUGAAAAAGAAUGGACACCAUAGUACAAAGACAAUCAAGAAAUCCAUAGGUGGAGAUGUCGGAAUCUGUUUUUUGUUUUGUCUUUUUUUCUGUAACCCAUUAACAGUUUUCCUUGAAUCUUUUCUCAAAUCUUAAUGCAGCCAGAUACAGUUC